AUGGCCGAGCCAAGGAACCCAUCUCGCCCGCCACUCCACGCCGUGCUCCCACCCCUCGUCCUCGGCACGGCGACCUUCAACACCCAAUAUGUCUCCGACCCGCACUCGAUGCCCUACCGCGACAUCGUCGCCCGCGCACUCUCCCUCGGCAUCAAUGCGUUCGACACGAGCCCCUACUACGGGCCCUCCGAAACCCUCCUCGGCACCGCCCUCGACGCCUUGAUGAACCCCCCCACCACCACCACCACCACCACCACCACCGAGACCACCAACAACACCGAUACGAACACCACCGCCACCCCCCCAACCGUCCCGCUCCCCCGCUCGAGCUUCUUCCUCAUCACCAAAGCCGGGCGCAUCGCGCCGACCGAGUUCGACUACUCGCCGUCGUGGAUCCGGUACUCCAUCCUGCGCAGCCUGCAGCGACUACACACUCCCUAUCUCGACCUGGUCUACAUGCACGACGUGGAGUUCGCGACGCCGGCCGAGGUUGUGGGCGCGGUGCGGGCGCUGCGGCGGCUGCGCGACGAGGAGGGCGUCGUGCGCUACGUGGGCAUCAGCGGGUUCCCCGUGGCGACGCUGUGCGCGCUGGCCGAGCGCGUGCGCGCCGAGACGGGCGAGCCGCUCGAUGCCGUGCUGAGCUACGGGCAUUUCACUGUGCAGAACCGCGUGCUGGGCUUGCCGUGGGUGGGUGGGGAGGGGGAGGAAAAGGAGGAGGGUGAGGCAGGGUUGGCGCCGUUGACGAGGUUCAAGAAGGCCGGCGUGGACGUCGUGCUGAAUGCUAGCAUACUCGGCAUGGGCUUGUUGACGAGCCGGGGCAUACCUGCGGACCCGCCGGCGCCGGACGAGGGGGGUGCUGGUGAGUCUCUGUUGGCGAACUGGCAUCCCUCGCCGCCGGAGCUGCGUGUGGCUUGUAAGACCCUUGCGGGCAUCUCAGCAGCGGCAGGUGAGCGCCUGGAAUCGGUGGCGAUACGCUGGGCAAUAGCCGAGUGGGCGCGGGUUGCGGCCAUGGCGGGUUUGGGCGUUGACAUCACAGCCCCGGGUGUCGGGCCCCAGAAGGUUGGCGUUACGGUCUGCGGUGUCAAGACCAUCGCGGAACUGGAAGAAACAGUCGCGGAGUGGCGCGGCGUCCUCUCUAGCCUUACGUUUGGCCCCAGCGAUGAACUGUAUGGUUCAGUACGCCAAGAAAAAGUGCUGAACCUGGUUCGGAACGAAUUUUGGCCUGCCUUGCAAUCAUGGCUAGACUAUGUCUGGGACAGCCCGGGGCCUGAUUUCGUGAAUACCAGGCAGGAGGUUGAUCGGGGAACCAUACCGGAUGACGGUAUAGUUGCCGCAUUUGAGAAGGCGAGACAAGGUACACAGCCCACAGCCAACACCAGGUAG